AUGACCCGCCUCUCUAUCAUCGCUUCGGUCGCACUUGCUGCCGGGUUUGCAGCUGCUGCUCCGGCACCCAUCAUUCCUCAUGACAGGUACCACAACCACCAGGUUGCUAACGCGAACUGGAACAAUCAAUUUUCCGGAUGGCUUACUGUGCGUCCUAGCGUUCGAACGUUCACUUAUGCUCGUACUCACACUCGUCAUCACACCAAGUGGUACUACACCAGGACCAGGACGUACACUUUGAGUGCCACUGCCCCUCCAGCUACUUCUACUGCUCCUCCCGCGCCAACCACUGUGGAGACCACCCCUGCGGCACCGGAGCCUACCAGCGUAGAAUCCAGCUCUGCGGCCCCCGAGCCCACGUCCGAGGCUCCUGCUCCAUCUAGCUCAGCUCCUGAGAUCAGUGAAACACCUGUGCCUGAGCCUACCUCUACCGAGACGCCUGUAGAGACGAGCUCUCUUCCCGAGGCUAUCAGCACCACUGCCGCUCCCACCACGACCGCUGCUCCUACGACUGUCCCCCCUACUACUGCUGCCCCUACUACUACCAGCAAGCCUUCGGAGGGCAACUCUGGAAAUGCCGAAAUUGACGCCUACCUCAAGGGACACAACGACAUCCGCGCCAAUCACGGCGCCGUCCCUCUUACCUGGGCCCCUGAUCUUGCUGCCGCCGCCGCCAAGUGGGCUGAGAAAUGCGUUUGGAAGCAUUCUCAAGGAGAGGUUGGCGCUUUUGGCGAAAACUUGGCUGCUGGUUCUGGUUUAGGAGCUGCCGCUGCGGUAAAGAUGUGGACCGACGAAGCUUCCGAGUACAACCCUAACAACCCUCAAUACUCCCAUUUCACUCAGGUUGUCUGGAAGGCCACUACUGAAGUUGGUUGCGCCGUCAGAUCUUGCAACGGCCUCUUGUCCGGAUACUCUGGCGCCGUCAAUUUCCACGUUUGCGAGUACCGCAGUCCUGGUAAUGUCAUCGGCCAGUUCGCCCAGAAUGUUCAGGUUUAG